UACCUGCUGGACAAGGACGGGGAGCUGCGGAGACCCCGGGAGCAAGCCCUGACCAGCCGCCCUCGUCCUGCCAGGCCGCGCAUCGCCCCCAUGGACUUCUUCUGCCGGAAGCGCACGCGGUCGGACUCCCCGCCCAAGGCCACGCUGCCCGUGAAGAGACACGCGUCCUGCCCGCUGACCCACCGGGGCACCCGGGCGGACGGACGCCAGGACCGGGGCUCCUUCCUGGCCGGGCUAUUCCGGGCCAGGCCCCCCGCCAGCACCCGCCGGCUCCCUGCACCCGGCGUGGAGCUGGGAGCCGAGGAGAGCGUCCCGCUCCUGGGGGGCAGCUCUGAAGGAGAGGUUUGGCCUGAGCACAGCGAGGCCCCUGGCAGCCUGCCCUCGGUGCCCACGGUCCAGCUCGGCGAGGGGAGCAGGCUGCAGGCGCCAGGUCCCGGGCACAAGGCCUUGCACGGCUCCCUGGACAACCUCCCCGCGGCGAUGGCUAGGUCCCUGCAGCAGACCCGCAGGAAAGAGAAGAAGGAGAAAUGGAGGGUGGACCCCAAGGGUGUGGAGACGCCGCUCCUCUCCCAGGACUACUGGGUGAAGCAGCUCCAGGCCAUGGGGCCGAAGCCCAAGGACUGGUCUUUCCGGGUGGAUGCCAGCCUGACCCUCGCCGGCCUCCUGUCCUCGUCUCUGCUCAGCGCUGCUUUCCACGCAGCCCCCCGUGACUACGGCGUCUCCUGGCGGGACCUCCCCGAGGUCAAGAGCCGGCGGCUGCUGGAGAGCAUCACGCCCCAGCAGCACCGUUUGCAGGAGGCGCUGUUCGAGGUGAUCACGUCGGAGGCCACCUACCUGCGCAGCCUCGGGGUGGCCGUGAGCCACUUCCGGAGCUCGCGGCCCCUGCAAGCCGCGCUGGCCGCGACGGAGCUGCACCAACUCUUCUCCAACCUGCCCCAGGUGAAGGGCGUCAGCGACAGGUUUCUCCUGGAGCUGGAGGAGGAGCUGGACAAGGACAUCUUCCUGGCGGGGCUGGGGGCCGUGGUUUUGAGGCACUGCCCGGCUUUCCGCAGGGUCUACAUCCCCUACGUCACCAACCAGAUGUACCAGGAGCAGCUCGUGCAGAAGCUGAUGCAGGAGAACGGGCGGUUCCUGCAAGUCCUGCGGAGGCUGGAGGGGCAGGCGGUGUGCCGCCGGCAGCCCCUCAAGUCCUUCCUGGUGCUGCCCUUCCAGAGGAUCACCCGCCUCAAGAUGCUGCUGGAGAACAUCCUGAAGCUGGCCCCCGCAGGCUCCGAGCUGGGGGAGUCCAUCGGCGCUGCCCUGAAGGCCGUGGGAGAGAUCGUGUCCGAGUGCAACGAGAGCGUGCGGCGCAUGAAGCAGACGGAGGAGCUGGUGCUGCUGGAGAAGCAGGUGGAGUUCCUGAAGACCAAGGCCAUCCCACUCAUCAGCCGGGGACGCUGGCUAGUUCGGGCCGGGGAGCUGACCCACAUCCUCCCGCAGGACGGCGGCGCGGGGUCUCGCCUCCGCCUGAGCAAGAAGCCCAUCCACCUGCACCUCUUCAGUGACCUGCUGCUGCUGUCCCGGCGGAGGGAGGAUGGCCGGUUUUCCGUCCAGGACUACGCCAGCGCCAACCACGUCGAUGCGGAGCUCCUCGAGGCCGACUUCACCUUCCGCCUCCACCUCUCCCACAACCACCGCGGGGCCAGCACCGAGUACCUCCUCCGGGCCGCCAGCGCGAGCGAGCGGCAGGAGUGGAUCUCGCUGAUCGCCCAGCAGGCCAGCCCCGCGCCGUCGUGA